CAAGAACGCCUUUGUCCAAAAUGUUGGAGUCGCCGCUGGUCGCACAUUACGAUCACGGAAACCCAAUCCACGGUAUACAUUUAACGAAACGGAUCGAUCUAGAAUGGAAAAUCGCGCUACGAAGAAAAGGAAUUGCAAAGUUCAGCCACCAAACGAAGAUUGUGUUGAUAAUACGCAAAGGGAUGCAAAUGUGAAGGAAAAGUCACCUUCCACCGUAAUUGUUCAAACCUCACAAGAAAACGCAUCUGCUAAAGUGCAAAAUCUUGAAGAAAUGCGUAACUGUGAAAGAGAAAAUAUAAACGAUCUUCACCAUCAAGACUUGUCUGCUAAAAAGAGAAAGGUUCGCGACAUAAAAAAGAACUUUUCCAUAGAUUGCAUCGCUUCAAGUCAAUUUAUCGACGUUGUCGACCUGUGCGGUUAUUUGACCAGUAAUAUCAAAGUGGAUGGUGAAAAGAACAAUUUCCGUAAAAGAGUCUCAGUCAAAGCAAAAACCACUAAGGUAUGUGUCAAGUCAUCCGUUUUGAAGAAAAAGGAUGUCAAAUACUGGACAAACAAGUUUCUGAAAGCAAAAAGCUUCGAGCUUUGGUGCGUGUCAUUUCAAGCGGAAAAUUUUCGUAUAAAUUAA